GAGGCGGGAGGCGGUCCCAUCGUUGACAUUUAAGCAAAGAAAGUUAUAGGACUAGGAGCUAAUUGUUUCACUGACAGGCAUCGGGGAAGUGUUUUGCCUACGUCUCGGGAAAUUCCCUGAGAGUAACGAGUAAGCGCGCAGAGAGGAAGAUCCCAGCUGCCGUACGCAGCCAAGCAGCGCUCAGACGCGGAACAGGCAAGACGGAGGCUGCCGCCUGAACGAGAAGCAGCUCCGUAGACUCCACCAGCCUCAGCGGGAGAAAGUCCCACCAUGGCCGGUGGUCAUGAGCCAUAUAUUGAAAUACAUGAGCAACCUAGACAGAGAGGGAUGCGUUUUCGAUACAAAUGUGAAGGAAGAUCAGCAGGCAGUAUUCCAGGUGAACAUAGUACUGAUAUCAACAGGACGUUCCCAUCUAUACAGAUCUUGAACUACUUUGGGAAAGUAAAAAUCAGAAUAACAUUGGUAACUAAGAAUGAACCCUAUAGGCCGCAUCCUCAUCAGUUGGUUGGAAAGGAUUGUGAAAACGGUUACUAUGAAGCUGAAUUUGGACCUGAGCGUAGAGUUUUGAGUUUUCAGAACCUGGGCAUUCAGUGUGUGAAAAAGAGAGAACUCAAAGAAUCCAUCAUUUCACGAAUUGCUAAGAAGAUCAAUCCAUUCAAUGUUUCUGAAGAACAGCUGUUGACAGUUGAAGAAUAUGACCUAAAUGUGGUGAGACUCUGUUUCCAAGUAUUCAUCUGUGAUGAACAUGGCAACUGCACACAACCUAUAUCCCCAGUCGUCUCCAACCCCAUUUAUGAUAACCGUGCACCCAAUUCAGCUGAAUUGAGAAUCUGCCGUGUGAACAAGAACUGUGGAACAGCGAAAGGAGGAGAUGAAAUUUUCCUCUUGUGUGACAAAGUUCAGAAAGAUGAUAUAGAAGUGAGAUUCUUCAUGAAUGACUGGGAAGCCAAGGGGAUUUUUUCACAAGCUGAUGUUCAUCGUCAAGUAGCAAUUGUCUUCAGGACGCCCCCAUUUUUCAAAGAUAUCCCAGAUCCUGUGACUGUGAAGAUGCAAUUGCGAAGGCCCUCAGAUCAGGAAGUCAGUGAUCCUAUGGACUUUAGAUAUUUACCAGAUGAAAAAGAUCCUUAUGGCCAUAAGGCAAAGAGGCAGAGGUCACCAAUGGCUUUACAAAAACUCAUUCAAGACUCUGGUGCCUAUGAAAGAUCUAAUGCUUCUCUGUUCCAGACAGCUAGCAAUGAAGGAAAAUUCAUUAAGAAAGAACCAAAUCUAUAUUGCUCAAUGAUUGAAACAGCCAUCCCACUGCAGAAAACAUCUGCAAGCAUCCCUUCCUUGCAGUCAUAUUAUUCUCCUCCUUUAAACCACUUAAGUCCCAAUGGACAUCCUGGUCCACCUUUUCAAAUGACAGAGUCCGUUAAGCAGGAUGGGGUUCUGCCAUCUUGCUGGCAUUCCUCUGUUUCACCUCUAAAUGUUUUGCUGCAACAAAGAAACGUGGGUGAUACGUUGCAUCCUACAGUGCAGAAUGUUAGCUCUCCAUGUCUUGGACAGGAGAAGAGUCUGAACUGGGCCAAUCAGAAAGAGGGGAACAUUUAUCAAGGAUUCUUUGGAAUAAUGAAUGAUCAUGAGUCAACAAUGUCAUCAUCAUCACCUUCACCAUCAGUGUCUCAGCAAGAAAUUCGGAAUGUCCCCAGCACUGUUGACAGCCAGUCUAUUCAUGUAGAAAAUGCUGCAGUGUCCAGUGACAUUAGCAUGGAAAUGGAAGACUCCAGAUGCUCAGAUGUUAACUUAGAAAAGUCAUCUUUCGUUCAAGCUUUAAAUCCAAGCAACCACAGGAAGAAAAUCCAACCAUUGUUCCCUCCUGCCACAUCAACAGUAACCACUUCUAGCUUAUCUUUGACCUCUAUGUCCAAUAUUUUUGAGACACAAAAUUUUCAUUAUUUGGCUAGCCUUAAUGAUUCAGGAUUGGCCAGCAAUCCAAACACCAUAAAUAUAUCAAAUUUUGAUACUUACAGCACCCAAGAUGAUGAGUUCCUAAAUUCCAUCGGAAGUAAUUUUGAUAGCAUACUUUAAACAGUUAUGACAGUCCCUGAAAAAGUGACCACCCAUCCUUGAAUUUCUUUUUUUAAUACUUGUAUUAAAUUUAUCUAAGUAUAAAAGACAAAUGAAAGUGGGAAAAGAGGGAAGGGAAAAGAAAAAAGUAUUUAACUUUUUUUUCAAGCACAAAAUCCAGAAGUUUCCAAGUAAAAACAAACUUGGAUAUGUUCCUUUCUUUGAUUAGACAAGUCAAUUUAGCCAUCUCUGCUGAUUUCAUCAGUUUUUCCAGCCAUUUAUCCAAUAUAAUUAAACUAUCUUUCCAUUUAUGUGCAUAAAGGAUUCUUGCUGCUAUCAACAUACAUAACAGGAAGAUUCCAGAAUUUUUUUCAAGUUUUUUGUCCAUUAAGCCCAAAAGAAAAAUCUUUGGUUUAAUUUUUAUUUUCAUUUUAACUAUCUUCUGAAUUAAAAUAUAAAUUUUACUCCAAUACUUCUUUGCUUUAUCACAAGUCCCCUAAAUAUGGUAAAAUGUCCCUUCUUUGCAUUUACAUUUCUGAUAUACUUUUGAAAUAUCUUUCUAUAUCUUUAACAAUUUAUUCGGUGUUAAACACAAAUAGUACCUCAUUUUAUAAAAUUUAUUAAAUUAAAUUAAUUAUAAUUUAAUGUAAAUUUUAAACCAUUUGUCCAUAUGUUUUCCCACUGUUCAAGCAAGCACUAUAUUGUACCCAAAAUUCUUUUCCCAUUAAAUCAUGCAAUACAUUACAUCUUCAUUCUCCAAAUUUAAUUUCAGUGGCGAUUUAUAGAAUUUGGCAAUAACAUGUUCAUCCUUAACACACAGUACAAUUUCAAAUUCAGUUUUUAAAAUGUCAAACACAUAGCUUUAAAAAUCUAAUGUAAACCUUUCUUUCAGUUCUAAAUAUGUAAAUCAUUGACAGACACAUCCUUCUGACUCCCACUCUUUUUGUGAUUUAAGGGUAGGCUCACUUUGAUUAAAAAGUAUUAUUUGACCAUGUCCACCAGUCUGGCCUCACCUUAGUUUUUUUUUUUUUUUCUGAAAAAAACUUCCUGGGAUGAUGCCCAAAGAGGUACCUUUGUAGAGAAACUUGUUUUAGAUUUGUUCCAAAUCCUUGGAUCUAGCAUGUCUAACAAAGUAAUUCUUGAAAUCAACAUUUUAACUGAUGUCAUAAGUAGGUAUGCCAUCCAUCUCUUAGUUCAUGGCUCUUUAAUUCAAAUAAUCUCUUCUUUUGAAGAGUCACCCACUCUUUCAUCCAAACGCAUUCAAGCAGGCAUCAAAGUAUAGUUUCAAAUCUGGUAAACUCAAACUUCCUCUUUCUUGAGUAUUUUGCAGUAGUUUAUAUCUAAUUCUUGGUCUUUUUCCUUGCCAUAUAAAUUUAGAAAUGCCCUUCUGCCAUAGUUUAAAUGGAGUAUUGGUUGUCAGUAUCAAUAAAAUCUGAAAUAAAAAUAACAUCUCUUGUAAAAUCUUCAUCUUAAUUAAAAGAGAUUCUACCCAACAUGGAUAACUGCAAACUACCCCAUCUUAAUAGAUCUUUUUUUAUAUCAUUCCACACAGGUGCAAAAUUGCUUUGAAACAAUUUAGAUUUGUCAAUUCAACUCCAAGAUAUUUAACCCUUUUCUUCACCUUGAAACCUGAUUUUCUUGUCAAUAUUUAUAAUAUUGAAAAGUCACAUUCUUAACAUGUGUUGCUUUCUGUUCGUUUCUUUUGAAACCCACUAAAACUCCAAAGUAAUUUAAUUUCUUCAUCAAGAAUUAUAUACCAAUUUUUGAGUCUUACAGAAAUAGCAAUAGGAAUAAGUUGCAAUGGGACUUAUUUCCAAGAAAAAAAUUAAUGGGUUUGCAAGGCUGGUUAGCCGUUUCUCUUAUAUGAAACAUCUCUGAUAUGAAAUAUAGUUAAAUUCAUUUAUCCAGUGUAACCUUUCUGUGUUUUUUUAACUUCUUUGCAUUCCCAAAAUUGAUUUAAGCACUGAUGUUUAGACCACAGUUUUAUAUGUUUUGUUUGCAUUUAGGCAAAUCUGUAUUCCAGUAAUGGUAAUGACUAUGUCAUUGUGAAUAUUUUUUUUUAGAUACAGCCUUAAAAAGUAUUGAAAUAAUUUUUAGAAUUGAAAUUUUCAGAAUUCUCACAUUGAGGAAAAUACUUAUAGCUAAUGUGGAGUGCUAUUUUUCAAUAUAUGUUUGAAUUAAUCAAUAUUGAAAAUAUACAAGUGACCAAACUUUUUCUCACUCCUUCCAAUUUUCUUUGCAAUGUGAGAAUUUUUUUUUCCUUUAUGAAGUGUUUAUAAAAUGAACUGAAUUAGUAUAUCUUUGCACUCAUCACAAUCUUCAGGCAUAAAAUAUCUUCUUUGUUUUAAUGAUAUUUCUAAAGCAAUUUUCCCAUCCUAUAGUGCUCUAGAUAUAGUCCCAUAAUCCCCACUUAGCUAUUCUGAUGCAGUUUAUAAUCCAGAACAUUGCACAGACAUCUGGUAUAGACAGAAGUUGCAAAAACAAGGAUGGAUUAUCAUUGAACAUUAUAUUCAGAUGCAUGUACAAAAUACAUAUAUGCUUUAUAAUUUAUGAAUGGCACCAAUGUGCUUUUUCCAUUGCUUUAAAAUACAUGAAGCAUAAUUGGACUUGAGUUAUGAUUUUGUUCCUUUAUGAUAUAAAUAAUAAUUUUCUGAGGUAAAUUGAUUGUGUUUGGCAUACAAAUAGACAUAUUGAAAUAGAAAUAAUUGACAACAUACUGCAGCUAAUCAAAACCAAUAUAUCUGAGCUCAAAUAAAAUAGGAAUCAAGUUGAUUGCCCAGUGUUGUCAAUUGCUCUACAGUGAUAACAAGGCACUGGAUUGGAUAUUGGAUCUCUGCAACAAAGAACAUUCGUUCCCUUACUCUAGUGCUAGGAAUAGGCCUUGAUCAUAUAGGGCAGUGAUGGCGAACCUUUUUCUUUCAGCGUGCCAAAAUUGGACACAUGCAUGCGUGCUAUUGUGCACGCAUGCAUGCCCACUCAAUUUCCCCACCCACCUGCCCAUGCACAUGACAGCCCCUGGCGCAUGCAUGUGCGGCCUCUCCCCAGGCUCCG